ACUUCUUCCACCCCACACCCCUCAUCCCAUUGCCAAAAAGAUCCCCCCCACUAGCCUUUCUCUUCUUUCCUCCCACCCUCCUUCCUUCCCUUUCUCUUUCUUCUCCUCAAGAUGCUCCCAAGAACAAAGAGCAUCUUCCAUCCAUGGGAGGAGGGUGGUGAGGCUUCUAGGACUGGAGUAACCAUUAAUGGAGGGCCCAAGAGGUUGACACCAGCAGCAGAAAGCCUCGUGGGUCUCCGGAUUCUGAUACAGCAAACCGGGCAAGGAGAGAAUAUUGUUAUCAAGUCUACGUUGAAGUCAUGCAGGCCAACUGCUAGAGCUCGCCAAAUUGCCAAGAAUUUUCAGGAGUCAGACUUCCUAAAGGCAUGCUUCCUGUGCAAGAGGGAACUAAGCCCUGAGAAGGAUGUUUACAUGUAUAGGGGUAACCAGGGAUUUUGUAGUGAGGAAUGCCGAGGCCGGCAAAUUUUGAUAGAUGAAAGAAAAGAGUUUGAAGCAUCAACAAGAGAUCGGCUUGGGGUGCCUCAUUAUCAUCGUGUCGCCUCCAAGGUUAAGGAGUCUGAUCGCCAGCGGCGGAUCUCAGCUGUUGCUUAGACAACCUUAAUUAUGAUGGAGAAGCUUGAACCAUAAUAUCAUGUAGUUUUUGUUCAUUUUUCCUUGCUUUUGAUCUGAGAAUAAGGCGUUUUGUUCAGCAAGUGUAUGAUAUGUAUGAUAUAUCUUGGAAGUAUAUAAUAAAAGAGGCUGACCACCUUCUUUGAAUAA